AAUUAUAUCAAUGUUGUCUAAACAAAAAAUUGUUCUUUGGUUCAUCUACUCGUCAUUUCUAUGUCUUUUCUGACAGAGUGAUUGUGAAUAAAGUAGAUUUUAUUUAAAAUUCUACUCUUAGGAAUCCAAUAGAAAAAAAGCAGAUCGAAUAUUUUCUGAUACUAAUACUAAUAGAUUAGUUUGGAGAUACACAAAUUAAUAGCCUAUAAAAUUAAAAGGAUUGAUUUUUGAUUGUGGCAAUUUGUAAUUCGAAUAUUUUGGAGAAGAUGAAACACUUCGUGAAUUAAAAAAAAAUAUUUCUAAACUUUUUUUUUAAGCAAAAGUUUAAGAAGAAUAUAUGGCUUAAUAAGUGAUUGGAUAAGGAAAUUACGCUUUAGUAUUUUUAAAUUGAUAGUAAAAUUAGGUUCUUGAAUUACAGCAUUUACAUUCUAAUUAAAGAUUUGCAUCAAAGUGUAUUGAUAAAAAGAAAGUAUAGGCAAUUGAAUAAGGAGAAGUAUUUAUUAAAUUUUAUAUUAAGCAAUCAGUCUAAAAUGAAAUAAAAAUUAUGAGGAUAUUGAGUCCACAUAAAUCACUCAUAAAUUUAAUAGAAGUAUAUGAAGGUGAUAACAAUAUUUAUUUAAUUAUGGAUUUAGCUCAAGGAGGAAGUUUAUAUAAAGAAAUGAAAAAUAAGAUAAAUCUUUAUAAUAGAGAAGAAAUUCAGAAUGUAAUUAUUUUAUAAUUAUUAAAGAUUAUGUAUUAGAUUUUAGAAGGACUAUAAUAUAUACAUUCUAAAGGAAUUAUGCAUAGAGAUUUAAAACCAGAAAAUAUUUUAUUCAGAGAAAAAGGUAAUCUCAAUUCUUUGACAAUUGCUGAUUUUGGUCUUUCUGUAGAAAUUGAUUCUUCUCCUUAUUUAUAUCCAAAAUGUGGCACACCAGGGUUUGUAGCUCCUGAAAUUGCAAACAUGAUAGAUAAAACUAAACCAUAUACAGCUGCUUGUGACAUUUUUUCAGCAGGUGUCAUUUUUCACAUUUUGCUUUUGGGAGAAGGUUUAUUUGUUGGAGAUUGUCAUUAAGAGAUUUUAAAAAUGAAUAAAGAAUUCUAAAUAGACUUUUCUAAACCAAAAUAUCAAAAAUUAGAUUUUGAUGCAAAAGAUCUAUUGUAAAAUAUUUAUUUUAAAUUUUAGGUUAAAAAUGUUAGCCCAUAAUUAUUCAUAACGUUAUACGUCUUAAUAAUGUCUCUAACAUCCUUAUUUUUAAAAUAAUGGCUCUUUAUAAUCAUAAUAGAAAAUUUAAUAAUUCACUAAUUCAUAAAUUUAAGAAAGUCCAAUUAAAGAUUCAUUUAAUUAAUAUCUUUAAAUUUAUAAUAGUCCUAAUUAAAAAUUAAUAAGUUAAGAUAGUAAGAAAUUAUCAAUUGUUACUCGUACUCCUCUUUAUGGACCUAAAGCUAGUACUCCUAUGGUACAGAAUUAAGUAGAUAUUUUGGAAGAACUAAGUCCAUUAAGCAAUUUUUCUUUGGAUUAAGAACAAUAAAAUAGUUAACAAAAAGAUAAUAAUUAAAUUGAUUUUACUUAAUGA